AUGAAUGACAACUUAGGUUAUACUUCAAUUCCAUACGAAAAUUCAGUGGCCAAGCAAGCAUAUUUCGAAAAUCUUCCACUUAUUGCUGAAUGUCUUCCCACUGAAGAUUUCUUUAAGGAAUUAGAAAUAAUUUUACUUUCUAUUGUUCGAAAUGACAAACUUAUUACGAAAUUUGUCGAAAUCAUUCCAUUAAUUCUUCAACCUGAUAACAUUUCAUUUAAUUUAAGAUUCAUUUACAAAGUUGGAUCGAUAAUCUUAACUUCAUUCAACAAUUCCUUGAAAACGAAUUACGUAGAAUAUGCAGAGAAAACACUUAAUUCAUACAAUAACGUUAAACUCGAAAUCGAAGAACAAAUUAAACCAAAUCUCGGUCAAUUUGCAAAUUCAAAGUUCGCAAUUUGGCGUUUAUGCUCAUUAACCAAAAUAGAGCCACAAAUACAAGAUAUAGGUCAGCUUCUCUAUAAUGAAUUUAAUUCUCCAGAUAGAAUUCAAUAUGCAGCCGAAUUCUUACCAUUUAUGUCACCAUCAGAAGCGCAAAGACAUAUAGUUAAUGCAUUAAUUAAUCCACAGUACGUAGUUCGUGUUUCUGCCGUUGAUGCGAUAAGUUAUUUCAAAUUUGACCUUAGCGAUCAAUUUUACGAAACAAAUUUGUGCCAAGAAAAGAAUAUCAAAGUUCUUGAGCAUGUAUUACAGAUCCCUCCAGAGAAUAUUUCUCUAAAUAUUUUGAAACCACUCAUUAAUCAUCCAGAUUUAAGUUCUAAAGCUAUUGCUGUUGCUCUAAAGUCACCACACUUAGUAACUCUCGUACCAGAUCUCAUUAAAAAUGGCUGUGCUGGUGCUGAAUUAGCAGAUAUCAAUAUUGAAGUCAUUAAGAACAUGAAUCCUGUUCCAUACGAUCUUAUUGCAAUGCUACUUAAGGAAUCAACCAAACUUGUCAGCGACGAGAUCAUUAAAGGCAUUGCAUCUCUCGAUGAAUUAAAUGUUUUGUUCCACAUCGUAUUCCCUCGCAUGGGCGAGAAGGGAAGUUGGCGACCUCGUUAUAUAGCAGUCCAAAUCUUCAAAGAACUCGUCCGAAACAAGAUUGCGGACGAAAUGAUUCCGGAUUAUGCAGGAUUUGCGAUCGCAAUGGCUUUAGAUCGCUGCUACUACGUCAGGAAGUUAGUUAUGGAGACAAUUGCUAUAUUCCCAGAAGGCUGGGCAAAGUCUUAUACCAUUGAAUCUAUUUUAUCACUUGCAAAUGAUAAAUGCGACCACUUCCACUGCGAAAUGUUCAAAUUAUUACUUCAAGAAGCUCCAAAUGUUCUCCAUGGCUUCGAAAAUCUUGUUGAGAAUGCGAAGAAAGCAAUUGAAAACGAUCUUAAAGAAAAUUGA